GUAUGUUUCCGCGUAUGAUGUAUAUGGGUAAGAGGCUAUUUGGUGAUUUUGACAUAUGAUAUGAAUGAUACACUUUUGUAAUAGCUUAUUCUUUCUUUAGUUUCACCACCUAGCUACAUUUAUUCUAGUUAAUUCAGUGAAACUAAAGCUUAAAUGUCCAAUUUUGAAAAUCAGUAGCCUAAAUUGAUUAAGAUGUGUUGACAUGUUGAGUCCAGUUGGUAGGCUAAUAUUAUUUUAAAAAAAUAUAUGUUUUACAGAAUUAUUUAACGUAGGCUAUGCUAUGUAAAUAAGCCUUACAGAGUACGCGUGAGAGGAGUCGUUUACUCUGUCUCGCACGGCAAAAGCAGGGUUUCAGAAGUCAAAUAAAAACGCCUCACGAACACAUCGACUUCUCCAUUUAGUUCCGAAAAAGGAAGAAGGGCAUACGGCAAUAAAGCAACACUAGGAUAAGGAGAUAGGCUAAGAAUUCUCAGCUUGAUUCAUUUCUGAGGCAUUGUUUAGUAUUCGGUUUAUUUUAAAGGAACUGGUAUAGUCUCCUGGCAAAAAUGGGAAUGCAGAGGCAGCUCCAGUGUAUCUUUCUUUUGGGAACAGUAUUGAUCACAUUCUUCAUAAUUUGCUGGGAUGCAAGAAAAGGUAGCAUGCACCAACUGGAAACGAGUCAUGAUUGUGCUCAGCCAGAACCUGAAGGCACCUGAUGGAGCGCCGUAUCUGGAUCCUCUUGACAUACCAUUAACGAUGAUCCAUAAUUCUACGUUGCAUAAGACGUUUAACAAGCUUUGGAUGCGUUUUGGACGGUACUCGCGUCCUUUGAUGCAUCACAAGCUGAAGAAUUACACAAAGUUCCUUUUUGUACGGGAUCCUUUUGUACGACUUAUUUCUGCUUUUCGAGACAAGUUUGUUAAGCCAGAUGAGUAUUUCUACAACAUGUAUGGCUCUGUAAUGCUUCGGCGUUAUGCUAAUAUUUCAGAACCCCCUGACUCCGUUAAAGAGGCCUUUGCCGAAGGUAUUAGAUUGUCCUUUACUCACUUUAUUAAGUACCUGUUAGAUCCACAGACGGAGGAGGAGAAACCAUUCAAUGAGCACUGGCAGCAGAUGUACAGACUCUGCCAUCCGUGCCAAAUUGAGUAUGACUUUAUUGGAAAACUGGAAACUCUUGAUGAGGAUACAGAACAUUUGUUGAAGAUUCUUGGGCUGGAUAAUUACAUUCACUUUCCCCCAGGGUACGAGAACAGGACAGCUUUGGAUUGGGAGCAAGAAUGGUUUGCAAACAUUUCAGUAGCUGACAGGAGAAAACUGUACCGUCUUUAUGAAACAGACUUUAGAUUAUUUGAAUACGACAAACCUGAGACACUUCUGGAUGAGUGAUUACAUAUUACUGUCUAAAAAAAUCAGUAUCAGUGAUCGCUCUUUCUGCUUUUGGAUUACUUCAAGGCCACAUAUGCAAAAAUAAUGGAUGUGUGUGUGUUUUGCUGUGUAUCCCAUAAAGUUGGUAUAUUCUUAAUCUAAUUUUGGGCAGAUUAUCCUCUGACCACACCUAUCUAUGGUUACUGAUUUUUCGCAUUCACAAACUUUGACUUAGUAGAUGUUAAGGAAACACAAAGUUGACAAACAGCCCAGUUGAGGUUGCAUUCUCACAAUGUUUGUGCUAAAAAUAACAGAAACUUUGCAAAUUUCGUCAUUCUGCUACAAAAGCAGUUUGUUUACAUACUUAAACAUUUUUGAGGCCAGAUUGAAACCACCUAUUACUGUAAAACUAUUGUUUUACAAUCCUUGUUUUAUGAUCCUAACCUAGAUUCUUGAUCUUUUUAACCUCUAACACAAGAUGGCUUUUGGGGUAAUUCCUCCUGUGUCUAGUUGAUCAGGUCAAACAAUGUUGCAACUUUUUCCCCUCUGUAUAUGAACUGAUGUACAGUUAUAGAUAUGGAUUGAGUAUAUGGAUUAGGUUUAAAAGCUGUUUGAUGAUUUUUUUUUGUUUUUUUUUUACGAAUGAUAUAUGUUUAUCAUCUUUUUCUUUGCCUUUUAAGUCAAAUGGA